AUGCUGCGGUUGGACGAACAUGAACCACGCGUAUUCAGUCAUGCAUGUGUGCAGCUCGGGGCCACGACCACAGCAGUGAUGGCAAUGCACAGGAUGCCUCUCUCCUUCCUGUUCCUCUUCCUCCUACUGCCCCUGGUCCACCCCGCUCUCCCUGGACCUGACCUGGACCCGUACACUGUCCUGGGUCUGAGCCGCAAAGCCAGUCCAGCCGAGAUCAAGAGGGUUUACAAGCGACUGGCAAAAGAAUGGCACCCAGACAAAAACAAAAAUCCUGGAGCUGAAGACAUGUUCAUCAAGAUCACCAAGUCUUAUGAGGUUUUAUCCAACGAGGACAAACGCACCCACUACGACCGUUACGGGCAGCUGAAGGACACGCAGCCGUUCUUUCCGCACCGUGAAGGAUUUACGUUUGACCAGACCUUCCUCCACUUCCCUUUCAAAAACCAACGCGACUUUAGCGAGCACAAGCACGGCCUGCACUUCACGCACUAUGUCCAGCGGGUGGUGCCAGAGAGCCACGUGCGGCCCUACCUCAUCAAGGUCAUCUCUGACUGGUGUUUCAACUGUAUCCACAUCGAGCCCGUGUGGACCGAGCUGGUGCAGGAGCUGGAGGCACUUGGUGUGGGAAUUGGGGUGGUGGACGUGGGUCUGGACCGGCGUCUGGCCAAUCAUCUGGGAGCCCACCGGACACCCUCCAUCCUAGGCCUGGUCAGCGGCCGAGUGUCCUUCUUCCACUAUGCUGUGACCAAGGAACUUCUGCUGCAGUUUGUGGAGGAACUGCUGCCUCCCAGACUAGUGGACAAGGUGACUGAUCACACUCAGGCUCAGUUCUUGGGAAGUUGGCACCAGCUCAACCAACCUCACAUUCUGUUGUUCGACCAGGCGCCCUCCGUGCCCCUGCUGUUCAAACUUGCCGCCUUUACCCACAGACAGUAUGUGCGUUUUGGAUACGUGGACCAGAGCCUGUCGGACACCUCUGAGCUCCAGAAACGAUUCAGCAUCAACUCGUACGCUGCCACCAUGCUGCUGUUCAGGGAGGGUGCAGACAAGCCGGCCGACAUCAUACAGGUGAAGCAGCUGAAGCGGCCGAUCGUGGACGACUUUGUCUCAAACAACAGGUUCCUGAACGCUCCUCGCCUCGUGAACCAGAAGAUGUUUGAUGAGCUGUGUCCCGUCAAACAGUUCCACCGGCGAAGGAAGUUCUGUGUCCUGCUGAUCACUGAUGAGGAGCAGACUCUUGGACUCCAGGCUUUUGUCUCCUUUGCCGCCACAAACUGCAGGGAGGUUCUAAGGUUCACGUACGUUUACAGACGCCUGCAACAGCCACUCUGUGAGGUCCUCAUGCACGACGCCGCCCUCCUCCCCCCACAGGUGCUGAUCCUGGAGCGCCGAGCUGAAGCAAAAGUCCUGUUCACACCUGUGUCUCAGUGGAAUGGGACAGAAGAGGACCAACUCCACCUGCGUGAGGCGCUACUGAGGCUGCAGGCUGAUCCAUCCAUCCUGAAGCACGAGUCCACACUGCCCCCAAUCAACAACGAGUUUGCCUCUAUGUUUGUGCUGCGCUGGAUCUAUGCAUUGUGCGAUUACCUCUCUGACGUCAUCGAGGACGUUCUUCAUAACAACUGGAAAGAGAUGAUGCCGAUUGUGUCCCUGAUUUUCUCUGCUCUUUUCAUCCUCUUUGGAACUGUGAUUGUCCAGGCUAUCAGUGACUCGAGUGACGACAAACCCCUCAAACCGAAGCCCAAGGAGGUUCCAGCGGCCGGGCCCAACUCAAGCCGCGUCCCCAAGAGGAGCUUUGUGGAGGUGACGGAGCUGACGGACAUCACCUACAUCAGUAACUUGGUGCGCCUGAGGCCGGGACACCUGAACAUCGUGCUGGUUCUGUCCCACACCUCCAAGAACAGCCUCCUGUCCAAGUUUGCCAAAGAGGUCUACUCCUUCUCCGGGAGUGAGACGCUGCACUUCUCCUUCCUGAACUUGGAUAAACACAUGCAGUGGAUGAGAGCUCUGCUGGACCAGGCCAAAGAGCCCAUCCCCUUAGGCAGAGAGGAGGAGAUGGACCAGAGAUCAGAGCAAGGACGAGACCAGAGACUAAACCAGGGAGUAGUAGACUACAGUGGGGUGGUGAUGGCUCUGAAUGGACAUAAGAAGUACUUGUGUCUGUUCAAACCUGUGUGCACUGGAGAGGAGAGCAGUAAACCCUGUGAAGAGAAGGACAGCUCUGUGACGUCACGCUCCAGCCACUCUCUGUGGGGGCCUCACAAACUGGACCGACUGGGACUGUGGAUGGAAAGGCUGCUCGAGGGAAGUCUGCCCCGCUACCACCUCCCCGUCUGGCCCGACAUACACACCAUCAGCCCCAAAUAA